GAACAAGGCAGCAAGUCUGAAGAAAAAUGAGUUCCCCCUCUACUCAAAAAGUCGUGCUGAAAAGCACCACCAAGGUGUCCCUGAAUGAGCGGUGAGGAUCCACGCAUCCUGACAGCAUUAUCUCGAGCCCAGGGGGAGCAAACAUGCAGAGAUACUUAAGGCAUGAAGCAGAAAGCCGUGUUCUGUGGAGGUCAAUGAGGGGCAGAGACCAGGCCAGACAUGGGACGCUAUAAUGCGCACCGAGUGUGUGUGCUGCUCACUCAACACGGCAUCAGUGAUACGCUCAUGUAGUACUGGUUUUGUGGAAGGUGACCGCUAAUAACAGGACACAGAACCGUUGGGUCUCGCUGGUCCUCUUGUGUAAGCAGUGCACACCCUGAGGUGAGAAUGUUGGUAAUGGUGGUAAAAGGUAAGCGACCUGCACUUGAAUGCACUGCAGAAGAACCUCUCCAAAUAUGGGAACGAAGAGAUGAGAUUAAGACAGUGGAUAGUGGGCAUAUCCAAGCACACCAUCAUCCAUGUUUCUUGCCCUCUCACCCAAACUCUCUCGCUUAGAUGCACCUUUUUCCUCCUCUUCCUGUCAGUCGGUCUUUUCUUGCUCUUCCAAAGAAGGCACCCAGUCCAAGCCUGGACGUGACCAGUCUCCCCCUCCAUACCCUUCCCCCUCCAUCUUGUGAGCGUCACACAGGAACAGUGCACUUGGUCACGGUCUGGGUUGUAAGUGGCUGGGUUGCCAGACACCCCUCUAGUCCUGGGCUACCUUCCCCUGUGUGAGCCAAGCCUGAUGAUGCCACACCUGGGUGAUGGGGGUCUGUAAGUGGCACUUGUUCUGAAAACAAUCUCUUUUUUCAUUUGGUUUCUCCUCUUUACCAUCAGCUCUGUCUUCUGCUUUUCUCUACUCUUUGAUGUUUUUGUUUAGUUCUGCUUAAACCGCUGAAAUGUUGGGGUGUCUCCUGACUUUACAGAGAGAGAGUACAAGAGAGCAAAAAAAUGGCGUUCACUGAGUUGCUGCAGGUUUCACUGUGGCUGCGUCCAUGGCGUGUGAAUUUGAUUUCCAAACAUCCUUUCCUCGUUAUCCCCUUCUCCCUCUUUUCCUCCUCUCCCACCCCUUCUCCCUCUCUCUCUCUCUUUCUUUCUCUUCUUCCCUCCUCCUUGCUCCUCGGGUUCUGUUCCGCAAGCUUCACAAAUAUGAUGAAGAACAAGCAGCCGACGGCCGUUAGCAUCCGGGCCACUGUGCAGCAGCAGCACAUGGCCAGUGCUCGCAACCGCCGCCUCGCCCAGCAGAUGGAGAAUAGGCCCUCUGUGCAGGCAGCCCUGCAGCACAAACAGAGCCUGAAGCAACGGCUUGGGAAGAGCAACAUUCAGGCCAGACUGGGUCGGCCCAUUGGGCCAUUGAUGCGGGGGGGUGCAGGAGGGCGUGGCUUCGCUGUAGGAGGACUACGUGGAGCUGCACGGAGCCUGAGGGGGAGAGGAAGAGGUGGCACCAUGAGAGGAGCGAUGGCACUCAGAGGCGUGGGCCAGCUGAAGGGCAGAGGGGCAGCCGGGCGCAUGGGGCUCCGCCGAGGCAUGCGCCAGAGGGGCGGAGCCACUGGGAGAGGAGCUGUUCUGGUUGGCCGAGCAGUAGGACGUGGAGCACCUGGAGCCCGAGGGCGUGGAGGUCUGCGGGGUCGAGGGAGUUUUCUUGGACGGAGCCGUGGUCGGGGCAGAGGCAGAGGAACAGGCCGCCCCACUGUGACAAGGGAGCAGCUGGACAAUCAGCUGGAUGCCUACAUGUCCAAGACAAAAGGCCACCUGGAUGCUGAGCUGGACGCAUACAUGGCCCAGGCAGACCCUGAGAGUAUGGAGUGAUUGUGACUGUGCUCUGUGAACUGCAGGCACACAGACUGAUGCAUUUUAUGAUGUCAGUUAUCCCAAACGGACAGCUGUAACAGUCAUGGGCAUAUAAUCCUGAACUUCCAACAUUAUCCCACUGACAUUUGGGCUGAAAAGUGUCCACAAAGGUACUUUAGAGAUUUGUAUACACAAACCUGUGUUAAGCUCUUCUGCUUCUGUUCCAUAGCAGUGAGCAGGUAAUUUGAAACCUAAUACAGAAACAGCCUUAGAGCAAACCUUUGGUAGAAGUGUUGAUCAUAGGGGGGUGGGGGGGCUUUUGUUGGAUAUUGUUAAAGCUUGUGUGCUCUGUAGCUGAGCUUAUCCUGUCUUGUAAACAAGAUAUACUUUGCAGAGGUUAUGUAUUACAAACCUCCAAAAUGAAACAGACCCAGUAUACCACUAUCUUAAGUCCCUUCCUCAGUACAAUAUCAGCCUUUGGAAUUGUAAACAGGACUUUAAGGAAAAGGGGGAUAUCUUGGCUGGUUUAUUUUGAUACAGGCUUUGUCCCUGAAUAAAUCAAACUGAUUUUUCCCUUCCCUUUUAUUAUAAUGGUAUGUUCUUGUGACAUGGCAGAGUUUUAGCUUUGGGGUGAUGUUGAAUCUUCUUUUAAAGAACUGUCGAAUGCAAAAUAUCCUGAAGUCUACAAAUACCCUGAACCCACCUUCCGUUUUUACUGUUUUGGCUUUUAAUAAAUCUUGGCCUUGAUGGACCAAAAA